AUGGUUCUGGAAGGAACCUGGACAAGUCUCUUCACGUGGGUUUUCUGCACUUUGAUUCCAUGCUCGCUCACGGAUCCUGGGGCUGUGGUGCCCGCCCCGCAGAACCUCUCUGUCCACUCAGCCAACAUGAAGCAUCUCUUGGUGUGGAGCCCAGUGAUCCUGCCUGGAGAAACAGUCCACUACUGGGUUGAGUACCAGGGGGAGUACGAGAGUCUGUACAUGAGCCACGUGUGGAUACCCAGCAGCUGGUGCUCCCCGACCCCAGGCCCCGAGUGUGACGUCACCGAUGACAUCACGGCCACGGUCCCGUACCGGCUCCGCGUCAGGGCCACGUCGGGCCCACGGGCGUCAGCUUGGAGCGCCCUGAAGCCACCGUUUAAUCGGAACUCAACCCUCCUCCUCCCGCCCAGGAUGGCCGUCAGGAAGGAUGGCUCCCACCUGGUGAUUGAGCUGGAGGACCUGGGGCCCCAGUUCGAGUUCUUCGUGACCUUUUGGAGGAAGGCGCCUGGGGCCAAGGAACAUGCCAAGGUGGUGAGGAGCGUGGGCUUCCCUGUCUACCUGGGGGCCAUGGAGCCGGGCGCCGUGUACUGCGUGAAGGCCCGUGCGCUGGUCCGAGCCAUCGCGAGACGCAGCGCUUUCAGCCAGGCGCAGUGCGUGGAGGUGCAAGGAGAGGCUCUGCCCCUCGGCCUGGCCCUGUUUGCCUUUGUCGCCUUCAUGCUGUUCCUGGUGGCCCUGCCAGUCUCCAUCUGGAAGACGGGUCAGCUGCUCCGCUACUGCUGCUGCCCCAUGGCCGUCCUCCCGGACACUCUGAAGAUCACCAACCCGUCGCAGAAGCUCGCGCCCUGCCGGAGGGAGGAGAAGGUGGACGUGUGCGUCAUGACCGACCGUGCUGCCCCCCGGAGAGGGCUUCCCCACGCGGAGCUAGCAGAUGUGGGGGAAGGGCCUUGA